CUCGGGUCUCAUCCGCCCAGCUGCUGCCUGCACCCACCCCAUGUCCGACUCCGAGGAUCAUCCUUCUGUUGUUUGUCUGCGCUCUCCUGACUCUGAUGAGGCGUUGCCUGGCUUCGAGCUCGGGGGCUUCAUGGGCACAUGGUAUGUGACGCAUUCAACGCUGCCGAUGUGGAAGUCCAGGAAGGACGUUACCAUCUCUUAUACCCUCAUACCCUCGUCCGCCGGACAGCCCAUACAAUUCGAGGACGUCGUCGAAUAUCGCUCUAAGAACGACCUCCCGACCUCUAAACGAAGUCGAAUAGUCGGCAUAGAUACCCUCCUUCCCUCCUCGCUCGCGCCUAGGCCUGCAGGAACCGCAGCAUCCUCCGAGAGAGCCACAGAAACUCGCUUUAAAUGGAGAGGCAAAGGCUGGUUGCUCAUCGCAUCCUCUCGCUGGCAUAUUCUCGGCUGCAGCGCCACAGCCCACCCCGCGGACUCCCCCUCUGGCAGGCCAGAGUGGGCGCCUACCUCCUUCGAGAAGACCCCCUUCACACCUGCGGGCCUGGAUGUAUACUCCCGCACGCCCGAGGGCCUUCCUGCGGCGCUGCUUGAGGAGAUUAUUCACAGGGCAAAAGCAUUAGGCGGCGAUGUGAGCAAGCUGGCUGAACAGCUUUUUGAAGUCGGGCGAAGCGCGUCGUAGCACGGUCGGUUCUCGUCGUGAUCGUCGCAUCCCUUGAUUCUCCAUUCGCGUUACAGCUCGCUUCCUGAUCGUAGCUACAGACGUCCCUAGACCUGCCGGGGGGAGUUUGACCUAGUGUAUCAUACCCAUCAUCCUUGUCAUACCCAUCAUAGGCAUCGCAUGAGUUGCCUGCUUUGCUGUGCAUGCGGUUUGCAGAUCUCAUGGUUCGAUUUCGCCGGUUCCAGCGGGUUUCUCGCUCAUGUCAGUACAGAUAAUCUCAGAUUGCCAUUCAAAAAC